UUCACGAGUUAGACCCCCUUUUGUCAACUUACAGGAAGGUGGGCCCGGGAGGUGGGCAUACAUUAUUUAAUGUGUGCUACCACGCCAUUUAGAUUGGUAGUAUAUUUUUAAUGUGAACGAGUUGCAGCUCUCCAGACGCAAAGUCCUUCACAGUGAUAAAGACAUGAGCUGUAUGUAAUAGAGUAUGCGUUCAAUAGUUCAAUGAAGAAUAGGUUCUUCAGACACAGGGCUCUCAAUCCGCCAUCACACUGUACAGAAUUCAUCUAAAUUGGGCAUUUUGACUUAGGACUCACAAUGGAGUCAAACUCGAAUCAGCAAAUAGGUGGUCAACCAUCGCUACCAAAAUCAGAACCUCAGGACCAAACACCAUCGAUACCUCAAAACAAACCAUCAUCAUCACCACCACCACCACCACCAUCAUCAUCUUCAUCAUCACCACCAUCAUUAACCAAACCAACAUCAUCACCACCAGCACCACCACCAUCAACAUCACCACCACCAUCAACAUCACUUUCUAAAUCAUCACCUCCAACUGCACAAUCACAACCACAAAUCAAGGUUUCAUCUCCACCAACACCACCAACAAAAACCUCUCCAUCUCCAACACCACCACCAGCACCAUCAUCAUCACCGCCAUCAUCAACUGCACCAUGGAUGGAUGUCAAGCUCCAGUGGAUCCUCAUCAUCUCUCAUUGGAUGUUAGUGUUUGGACCUGUUGUAUUCAUCAAGAUGAUGAUGAUAGCGGCCCUCUCCUACUUUGCCUAUACCAUCCUCACUACCAAACGCACCAUGGAUACACUGCCAAAGAUGUUCAAAGAUGAUAAGGGUACCAAGAAGACCCACUAUGAUGUCGCUAUCGUUGGAGCUGGUCCAGCUGGGUCUACCCUUGCCUAUUACCUGGCAAAGUCUGGUCGGAAGGUUCUACUCCUGGAAAAGAAAAAGUUCCCCCGAGACAAAUAUUGUGGCGAUGCAGUCUGUAAGACAGCAGUAGAGAUCUUGAUGGACAUGGGUAUCUAUGAUGAUCUUAUCAACCAGAAAAAGGCCCAUGUGGCAGAUAGUGGAGGUCUUGUUAGCCCUGGUGGUUUGAGCUUCAUAGGGCGGAGUCUUGAGAUCAUGGGUGAUAUCCCAGCAGCCAUUGCAUGUAAGAGACUCCAUCUUGACAAUGCUAUUGCCAUGGCAGCUAAAAAAGCCGGGGCGGAUUUGAAGGAGAACAGUUCCGUAUCGGCCGCUACCCUUGAUAAAUCAACAGGACUGUGGACCGUGUUUCUGGAGGGUGGGGUGCAGCAGACCUACCAGGCACGUGUUCUAGCCUGCUGUGAUGGUGCCCCGUCCACCAUGGCUACCAAGCUAGGUAUCAUUGAUACCCCACCCCAGGGAUCAUGCUCUAGGGCGUAUGUAGAGCCGGGGACCCACAGGUUUAAGGCUGAUGGUGUGGUGAUUUAUAACAAAGACAUGCUCCCAGGAUAUUCUGCCUUAUUCCGCCAUCCAAAUAACGAGCUUAAUUACUGCGUCUACAUAAUCCCUGGUAAUCCUCAAAUUGGCAAUGAUGACCUACCCUAUUGGCAUGACAACAUCAUGAAAAAUGAUCCAUACGUCAGCAGAGCACUAGGGGACAAGGCUAAAGUGGAAAGGAUGAAAGUUGCUAGUCUGCGUUUUGGUGGUGUACCUCGUUCCUAUGGCAACCAGGUAAUUCUUGUCGGAGAUGCAGCUGGCAUGAUUGAUCCUAUGACAGGGGAAGGAAUCCAUCUUGCCAUGGAUGGCGGACGCUUAGCGGCGACUUUCUUGGAGGAGGCCCUCACUCAUGGGAACGUGUCCAGGGAGGCUAUGGAGAUCUAUCAUCAGUGCUGGAUGGAUAAGUUUGGACACGAUUUCAAAUGGUCAUCAUAUAUUAGUCAACUUCAAUAUAAGUUCCCAAUAUUACUGGAUGCAGCAACAGCAGCUAUUCAACGUAAAGGUGAUUCUUUCAUGGCCAAGUGGGCGGACAUCAUGACCGGUCGAGUUCCAAAGGUCAACCUUCUCAGACCGGAGUUUGUUAUUGUUGUUGGUUUUGAACUUGCUUGCCUCCUGUCUCAACGAUUACUUGGGUUUGCAUCAGGAGAUACAAGUCAGGAGCAACAAGCAAAGCAAAAGGAAGAGUGACAUAAGGGAUCAUUAUGAACAGAGGAAAAUAUAUUUUGAUAUUCUAUGAUUAUGAUAAAAUCACUGUGGAAACAAGAAGUUAUGUCCAAUGAAAUAAAGUCAAUCAAACCCUUGCCAAAUUUUGUAAUUUAGAUGUACAUGUAGAUGAACAAUUAGCUUGUCCUGAUUUAUGUUUAGAAGAUGAAUAUGACAUGAUUAUCGAAGCUUAAAUAGCGAAACCCCCAACAAAAAUGUAUGUUGCCUAGUUUAAUAGCUUCACAGCUUACUGGAUUUCACUGCGAUUUUUUUUAUAAUUCCUAAUUGGUUUGUCUAUGCAUUAAUGGUAGGAUUACAAAGGAAAAGAUGCCGAGUGGGUUCCUGAUCAAAUUUGGCUAGUUUUCUAAAGGUGCCUUAUGAUUUGAUUUUCUGUCUUGUUAAAUGAUCUUUUUAAAACUAAUUUUCCCCUAACCAUUUCAUAUUUUGUAAACAAGUUUAAGGAACUUAAUUGAUAGGGGUUUCCAACUCUGUAAAAUUAAGUACAACUUUCCAAACAAGUAAAAGUAAUGGCCAAAUUGCUUUGCAAUUUUCUGUAAUUGCACAAGCCAGGAGUCUUCUUAUCAAACAUACUUUGAUGCAAAUUGCAUUUCUAUUUAACCAAAGUUGAGUGAAAUAGUUAAAACAUUUUUGCAAUCUGUUGUCAAAAAUAUUUUGCCUUUAAUUUGGCACCCAAUAGUCCUGUCAUUUGUGGAUCUACUUUGAACAUUCGGUAUAGUUUGAUGAAACACUCAAAGUUGUAAGUCGAAUCACAGAGGCAAUUAAUAUUAAUUUUCAAUUUCUUAUUUUUUUACUUUGUUGAUGAAAACAAAAUAAAUGUUUGAAACAGAAAAAUUAAAAAGUAGAGCUCAAAUAUUGAUGCUGCUGACUGAUUUAGAAUAGAUUUCUGAAAAAAGAUGGAUAAAUCACAAAGUAAAAAAAAAAGAUUCUAUUCCUUAUACAAUUUUCUUUCUCAUAAAUGUUGAAGAUGGAGGGUGAACCUAGAAUUAAGUCUGGAGUUAAACCUAGGAUUAAUUAUGAAGAUUCAACACAUUCUGAAAGAUAGAUGUUAUUACACUCUUACAUUGUAAGUGGAGUAAGCAUAAGUUAUAGUUCAAAAAAAUUUUAAACUAUAUAUAUAUGACCAGAGAAUAUAUGUGAGAGUGUCACCAAAAAUGAAAUGGUAUUGUCAACCUCACUCUUUAUUUUGCCUUCUUCCAGCUCCCCUCUUUUCUUUUCUAAUUCUUUCUCUCUCUCUUUCUCUUUAACAUCAUUUGAUAAGGACAAUAUCCCCUUAACCAUCUUUUUAAAGAGUUUUGUACUAAUAAAUCUCCAUAAUUGUGUUCUGAUCUACUUUACCUAGAAAAAUCUCUUUAUGUGAUAGUCAAGAUAUUCAAAAAUAAUUAGUAAGAAUGACUUGUACAUGAUACCUGUGUAAUAGUUCUUACAUUUUGAAGAUAGCAAAUGGUUUGAAGGUAUGCAUACACACUCUCAACCAACCCAUAGGGUCCACUUUCAUUAUAACAACAAUUCAAAAUACCAUCUUAAAUGAAGUAAAACACAUAAUGACCCUUUGAUGUUGACCACAACAGCAUUUAUUCAAUCAUUGUGGCACAAUCCUUUGCCUGUAGCACAAGAGAUUUGAUUAUACUUAGAAAACACUUUACAUUAUUUUUUUUUUAAUAAUACAAACAAUCUCAAUUCAUAUAUAUCCAUAUAAUGGUAAGAGGAAUAAAUAAUAUUUAUAAAUGAAUCAUUUCGUUUCCCUGUGAAGAACAGUACAGGAAUACAUUUUCAAGAAAUACGAGUCACUCGUCAAAAUGACAAGAUAUUAUAAUUACAAAGAAGGCAAGCCCCAAAAUAUAGACAAUAAUUCCAUAAUAAGCAGCUGGAAUAGUUACAUUUAGGUGGGAUAAAAUAAAGCAACAUAAGAUUGGAUUUUAUAGUAGAAUGUAAUCAUCAAGAGAACAUUUGUUCACAAAGAGUAAUCAAUAUUCUGCAUUCCUUGGCUUUCCUUCAUGAACAUGGAUAAUCAGAAAGAUAGCACAUAUGUUCAUACUCUACAUACUAAAAAAAAAUGUACAUAUUUCAGAAAAGAAACUAGAGAGUAUGUAAUCACAUGAAAUAAUUUAUAAUCACAAAGAUAAUAUCCCAAUAAAUAAGAAGGAAACUGCAGUUCAAUAGGGUAGCAUAUAUGAUGUUUCCUAUUAUUGAAUAUGGUAAAAAUAUGAUUAUAUUGGAAGAUUUCAAGUUUAGUGUCAAAAGCUGGUAUGUGUGUUGGGCCAAUUUUCAAACUGGCCACAGCACAAAACUGUAAAGAAGGCUGUUGCUAGAAAUCACUACGUGAUGAGCUAUCAGUAAUCUU